GUAUCCAUCCGAAUGUGGAAGCACGCAAAUUAAUUCUCCAUCCACACGUGCCGCAACGUCUGCAACGGCCGAGAUACAAGCAGCAAUUAAACCAGCAUGUUCUACCACUCCAAAAACGGCUACAGCAGAAACCGCAACAACAACAGCAGACACAGCACGACGGCUUGCCAACGUUGCUGAGGUUGGAGAAAGAGAAGCAGGAUGCCUUGCGACUUGCAGACACUUCGCUCACCCGGCAACACCAGCAGUCAAAACCACCAAAGCGGUUCGGUGAAUCAUUGAUAAACUCAUUGAGGCGUAGCUACAGGGAUGGAGAGAUGACGCUAGAGCAGGUCCAGGACAUGAUCAAAGACCAGCCUUUAGUAAUUCAACGUCUAAUUCUACCAGCGCCACCUCCGACUGAGCAACAGAACGAGCCACAACAACAAUUGCUCAUUGACGAUGAAGAGCAGCUUGCCACACGACUAAAGCUCCUCCAGCUGCACAUGGAACGCGAACUCGACGAGGCGCCUAAUGAAGAUACAACAGCGCAACAUCACCAAUUGUCGGGGUCGACUGAAUCACAUGCGGAUUCAAUCCAGCACGAACUCUUCAGGCCACAGCAGAUAAGGCAGCAAUAUACACUAGCAGGCGAGCAAACGCAGCACGAAGUUUGUCAGCAGAAGCGAGCCUUUGAGCUGACCAUAGCCAUGUUCGGCAUGCCUCCAAUCUGGCCCCAUCAGCCAUGGCAACAGCAACAACAUAGCCUGCCAAUUACUUUUCCUCUGCCAGGACACAAACGACAAUGGCAGAAGGGGAACACUGAGCAACAGCAUCAGAGCCGGGCUGAUAGCCCACCCACAAAAACACAACGAGUUAAUUCUAAUGCAUACAUCUACCUGCACAACCAUUUCGAUCUCUUCCGCCAUGGCAUCAACGACAAAGGCAGCAAGAGAUCAUAG